AUGCCUAUGCAGAUCUAUAGCAAAAAGGAACAAGCUGACAGUCUCAAGGCAGGUCUCUGAGGGGCUGCAAGAUACCCCAGUAAUUUGGCCAAGGUAAGAGAGGUUCUUCGGGGACUGGUUGAACCACCAUCUGUGUUUCUUGAACAUUUAAAGAUGGCUUACAGGCAUUAUACUCCCUUUGACCCAACAACCUCUGAGGGUCAGCAAGCAGCGGUAGCUAUGGCCUUCAUAGGACAGUCAGCAUCAGAAAUUAAAAAGUUACAGCGGUUAGAAGGGUUGCAGGAUUAUACCUUGCAGGAUUUAGUUAAGGAGGCAGAGAAAGUGUUUCAUAAGUGAGAGACUGAGGAAGAGAAAGAGAGAGAGAGAGAGAGAGAUAGGGGCGGGGGCAGAAGAGAGGACAGGAGGGAUCAUAGACGAGAUAAUUUGACUAGAAUGUUGGCCGCAGUGGUAGGAGAGAAGGGAAAGACAGGACCUAGACAGAUAGGGAACCUGGGCAACAGAAGACCAAAGAUGAGUGAAGACGGACAGAGGUACCCCUUGGACAAAGACCAAUGUGCUUAUUGCAAAGAAAAGGGACAUUGGGCAAGAGAAUGCCCAAAGAAGAAAGGAGGGGCCUCUAAGGUACUGGCCCUAAAAGAAGAUGAUUAGAGGGGAUGGGGCUCGGACCCUCUCCCCCAUCCUAGGGCAGGGACCCCUAUGGAUUUUCUAGUGGACACAGGGGCUGAGCACUCUUUGCUGAAACAACCAUUGGAGAAGCUAAAGAAUACAAAGACUAUAGUAAUUGGAACAACUGGACAGAAACAAUAUCUGUGGACCACCUUACGAACUGUGGAUUUGGGGAAAGGACAAGUGACUCAUUCCUUCCUGGUUAUCCCUGAGUGUCCCACACACUUAUUAGAAAGAGACUUGUUAACCACGUUGAAGGCCCAGAUCAAGUUUACUUGAACCAGACCGGAGGUGCAAAGCCUUUUGUUGAGCAAAUGAAUGACCUUCGCUCCCUGUGCUGUCCUCAAUCCCACUACCCUACUGCCCGAGACUGAGGACUCCUCACAUACCCAUUACUACGCUGACAUUUUGGCAGAAGAAGCUAGUAUCCGAAAUGAUCUGAAGGCACCCUUGGCUGGGGAGUCCAAGUGGUAUACAGAUGGCAGCAGUUUCACGAUUGAAGGUAAGAGGAAGGUGGGGGCAGCAUUGGUGGAUGGGAUGCAAGUAUUCUUGCAUAGCCUCUCUGAAGUGUCAGCCCAGGAAGCCAAACUUGUGGCUUUGAUACAAGCUGUACCGAUGGCAGAGGGGAAGUCUAUCAACAUCUACACUGACAGCAGGUAUGUUUUUGCCACUGCCCAUAUACACGGAACAAUAUACAGACAAAGAGGACUGUUAACAUCUGCAGGAAAAGACAUAAAAAUAAAAAAAAAAAAUUUGAGCCUCCUCGAGGCCAUACAUUUGCCAAGGAAGGUAGCCAUCAUACACUGUCCAGGACACCAAAAAGCUAGAGAUGUUGUGGCUAAAGGAAAUCAAAUGGCAGACCUAACCGCUAAACAGGCGGCCCAAGGAGCAAUGAUCCUGGCAGUUAAAGAGCCUAAAGAUUAUUAUGGUAUCAGUGAAACCAACUUUAGAUACGCCCCCAAGGACUAUCAAGUUAUGGGAAAAUUAGGACUGGUAAAGAAAACCCCAUAUGGAGCAGUAGGGACAGAAGGAGGAAAACUAGUCAUCCCACAAAAACAAGGGCACAAGUAUGUUACCAACUUACAUUACCCAACCCACCUGGGGGCCAAGAAACUAAAAGAUGUUGUUAGGUCCUCCAACUAUUAUAUUAUGGGACUCUCUGACCUGGCAGAAGAAGUAAUCAAAAGCUGCAAGGCCUGUGCUAUGACUAAUGCAGGACACUCCAUAUAUACUCCUGGGAAGAGGUUCAGGGGUGACUGGCCUGGGGCCUACUGGGAGGAAGAUUUUACAGAAAUUAAGCCAGCAGGAUAUGGUAACAAGUACUUAUUAGUUUUUAUAGAUACUUUUUCAGUCUGGGUAGAAGCUUUUCCUACCAGGACGAAGACAGCCAAUGUGGUGGCUAAGAUCAUAGAAGAACUCUUCCUGAGGUUUUGGAUACUCAGGGCAAUCGGGUCUGAUAAUGGACCUGCCUUUGUUGCCCAGGUUCGGAUCAUCCCAGGGCGAUUUAAACUCACCCCUUAUGAGAUCUUAUGUGGAGAACUGCCACCGCUCACUGAGUCGCGUGGAGUGUAUAAUCCCGAUGCUAUUCUUUCUAGACCUUUAUUUGCUCGCCUAAAGGCCCCUGAAGUGGUGGGACACCAGAUCUGCGAACAAAUGAAAGAAUUUCUCCAUGCUUUGCUCUACAUGAUGGCCACCUUUUUGACUAAAGGCAAGGAUGGUAGACCAGAUGACCUUAGCGCCAUCUUUGCUAUGGGCAAUCACAUGACCGCCACUAUCUUAAAUAAUGUCAGAUCAGAUGACCUAACUAUGGCCACGGCUGCCAGCCAGCUCUCCAGGCUCACUGGGACCCCAGCCAACUGCCUGCUCUGCCUGUAG